CUUCAGAGUUCUGGGGACCACAGAGAAAACAACACACAAAAGGUCGUUUGAGGUUGUGAGUUGUGACCAUGAGCACACUGGAGGACGUCCCGUUUCAGACAACACAGGGUCCACUGGAGGAGGAAGUACAGGUGGUGACAGCUCCAGACCUCACCACAUCAGACCUGCAGCGAGUACUACGGGAGACUGAGUAUAAUUUCAAGCUGGAGAAAUUGAUUUUAAGCAGACACCAGCCAGUUGGCAAGAACCCAUCCUGUCCUCCUUACUGGCUGAUGUUUAGGAGCCCUAAGGGGCGUCACAGGAGCAGCUGCAGGUGCAGUGAACUGCGGGCCUCGAUCCUUCGGCCCCGCAGUCACAGCCUGACCUCUGCAGACUGCGCUCGGCAGCACCAUCGCACUGUCAAGUUCCUUCUGCCUGACUCAGAGGAUGAUGAUGGUGAUAAUGAAGAUAAUGAGAGCUCCUCCACUGAUGAUGCACCUCGACCUAUGAAAAGCAGAGAGAGACCUCGUAGCGCUGCACCUCAGAUCCCCUCGGGCCACAGAGGCAAUUUACCAACCAUCCAAGACUUUAAACCACCUGUGCGCCACCUGGAGAAGCAAAGAUCCCUGCAGGUCAGCCCUGUGCCCCACGGACAGAAGAAUGGAAAGAAGAGGCAGCGCUCACUGAUCUCUGUGAGAAAGUUCUCUCUUAACUCACCACCUGCCAGUGCUUCUCCAUCCAGACUGCAGCAGCAGCAGCAGCAGCACAGACCCUCCUCUGCAGGGCCUGUAGUCAGAAACCAAAGACAGAAGCAAGCCAUGAGGACUGGUGGCUCUCGUGGGGUUUUCUUUGACUCAACAGCAGAGUUGCUGUCAGCACUCAGCCAGGAAGAGAGGGAGCUUCUGGAAACCAUCACAGAGAAGGGCUACCCUUUACGCACAGCUAUUCUGGCUCUGCAAAAAACAGGCUAUCACUGCCCAGAGAAGAUCCUAAAGUACCUGGUUGCCAGAGAGCGUCUGUGUGGACUGGGCUAUGAUGAAGCCCAGAUAGAUGAGGCCUUGGAGAUGUUUCAGAACUGUGAGAGCAAGGCUGCCGAGUUCCUGCGGCUCCUCACUCAGUUUAACGAAAUGGGUUUCCAGCAGAGUGCAAUCAAAGAGGUGCUGCUUGUUCAUGAAAAUCACCGUGAGAGGGCUCUCGAAGAACUCAUGACACGUACAGGUUAAAAAAAAAAAAAAAAAGGAUUCAUUUUCACAUGUACAGUUUGUAAAGGGUCAGGGUACCAAAGUAUAAUCCAUAUUUCUGACAAAACCAAAAUACGAAAAUACGGAAA